AGAGAGAUUUCCAUAAAUCGACGUCAUGAUGUGGAAGAUUGCCAUCAUUACCUGCAUUGUCGGCCUGAUGACUUCAGCUGUAGCAACGCCGAAGAAAGGAACAGCUUUCACCAUGAAGAACCCCACCUGUAACGACACGCAGACUCUGUCAGACAUUAGCUGGUGGUACAGCUGGGGUACCCAGGACAACAAGCUCCAUGAGAUGGGCUGCCCAGCCAGAGGAGAGUUUGUACCCAUGUUCUGGGGAGGAGGUCAUAUCGACAAUGUCAACCUGCCCAGUUCAUCGCGACAUGUCCUUGGCUUCAACGAACCCAACGAGAGACAUCAGUCCCACAUGACGCCCCAAGCAGCUGCCAUCCACUGGCGUCAGUUGGAGUCUGUGGCCAAAGGCAAAUCGCUCAUCAGCCCUGCUCCAGCCCGUUGUAAGGUCCAUGGCAACAACUCCAAUUGUCUCAUGGAGACAUUUGAAUGGCUGGACGAGUUUUUCAAAGAGUGUUCUGGCUGUAAAGUCGACUAUGUUGCCGUUCACAGCUACACCUGCGGCGCCGACAACGACCUGCGGUUCCUGGAGACCGUCCACAAUCGUUACAAGAAACAGGUCUGGUUGACGGAGUUUGCUUGCCCCUACACUACUUCUCUCACCCAUGUUGAGAAUUACAUGAAAAGAAUCAUACCAAGAUUAGAGCGUGCUCCCUUCGUGGUUCGCUAUGCUUGGUUUGGGAACCGUGUCAUCCAUGACGGUUCUUUUAUCCACAAAGUCAAUGCUUUGCAUGAAGACAGUUCUUCGAAGCUGACGGCGCUGGGAAGGUUGUAUAACAGUCUUCACUAAAACCGUUUGAAAUGGUUGUAUUGUACUGCUGUUCAGAUAUUUGAUUUAAAACGCUUGAACGUUUUCAUUAAAUAAUUGCAAUGAUAA